AUGCUGAUGAUUGAGAAGACGGUGCCGGUAACUGAGCCCAGGACACCGAGUACCUGUAAUAGAGACGAUGACGGUUCUGAAGACAGUGCGGAGGAUCCAUUUGACCGGUGUGUGGAGUCUGGGAUGAGAGUAGAAGAGGCGGUCGAUGUAACUCUCCGCACGGAUGAGUCUGAAGAAUGGAAUCUCGAGAAAGUCCAUCGGGACGUAGAACUGGAGCAUGUAGGAGGCAAAGAUGGCGUAGGCAUAGUAGAGAACUACAAUGGUGAAUAUCCUGCAGGGGGAUGGAGGGAGGGAGGG